AUGAUGAAAGCAGUUACUCAACUUAUUUGGGGAAAUGAAGAAGAAGAAGUUCCUAAUGAAAUUUAUAGAAAUAUUCAAGUUAUUCCAAAAGAGGCACAAAUAUAUUUCCCAGUUGUGUUUGAUGAAGUAAGAUUGAGAUAUUAUAAAGAGACAACAACAAAACUCUUUUCAAGUAAUAUUCAAAUAGAAGAUGAUAUUUUAUUUAUUGUUCCUGAUCAUAAACUUAAAUCAAAUGAGUUACAUUAUAUUGAAUCGGUUAUUGAACGUAGUGUUCCAUAUGUUGAAAGUAUUCAAUUGGUUAAUAUAAAUAAUGCAGAUAAUGCAUUUUAUAAUUAUUUACUCCCUCUUUAUCUUGAAAACAAAUUUCAUGCUCAAUUUGUUAUUGACCAACAAAAUAAGAGAAUUAUUUUUCAACAAGAAAAUGAAUGUAAUAAAGAAGGCAUUAUAAAAUAUAUUAAUUCUUUAAAUGUAAAACCAUUAAAAAUUAAUUAUACAUUUGAUAAUGAACAAUUUCAUUCAUUUGCAAUAAACGACUUUAUUUCAUUUGAGAAUUUUAAAACACAAUAUUCAUUUGAAAUACCAAUACAAACUUGUUUAACAUUUGUAUUGAGAAAGUACAGUUCUUUCAUUAAAAGAGAAAUGAAAAGGUAUUGUGUUGUAGCUCAAAAUCCAGAAAUGAUGAAAGGAAAUUAUCAAUUAGGAGAUAGUUAUAUCACUUGCUAUACUUUUAAUUCUUUAGUAAAAGACAUGUUCCUUAAUGUACUUAAUAGAUAUUGUGAACAAGUACAAAACACAACACUUUCUUAUUCAUUUGAUUAUAGUUAUAUUAAGAAAUUAUGUAAAUCAUUUAACAUACAACACCAAAAUGAAACAGUUGCAAUUAGGUGUAUUAAUUCAAGUGAUUCUAAAUCUAAAUGUGUUUCAAUGAUUUAUAUCGAACAGAGUCAAUUUGAAAAAUAUUUUUUAAUUGUCAAAAGAAUGGCUGAAGAACAUAAAACAUAUCCUUUAGAUUCUAUUCAAUUAACAAACGAACAACAAAAUUAUUUUAUUCAGAAAGGGGUAAUUUUUGAUAAAGAGUCACAUUUAAUUCAUUCAUUCUCAAGACAAACUUCUUCUGAGCUAAGUGUAUAUGAAAAUAAAUAA